UUAGUCACUUCCGUACGUUAAAAUAAAGAUAGUUGUCGCGUUCACGUGUCAAACGCCAAAUGCGUCACUUUUAAGUCACUUCCAGACGGUAAAUUAAAGAUUGUUGUCCCGUUAUGCAAAAGAUAAACAAUGAACGCGAUCACCGACGUUGAAGUCGCAGCGACUUCAAAAUGAAAUUAGAUGAAAACAACAGAAUAGAAAAAGAAGUUGUUGACAUCUGGUUCAUUGGUUUUGUGUCUUCUGCAGUUUGUGGUCAGUGCUAAAGUGCGAUAUUGUUUUUGGAACUAGAAAAUUAUUUGUUUCGUGGUGUUUUAAUUUGAAAUAUUAUUGAAAAUAUAAUUAAAAUGAGGGAAUUGUCAGCAAAGGCUAUUAAAUUGAAAAAUAAAAGAGAAGCAUUUAAAUUAAUAUGCAAUAUUACAUAACUAAUACAAAAAUAAUAAAAACUUUGACGGAAGAAGUCGUUGCGUUAAAAACUGAAGUCAAGCAGCAAAGAAAUAUGCGUGAGAAGGAUGAUACGUCUCUAAUACCUUCAUUGCCUUUCAUGGAUGUCAAGGACUUUAUUGAUUUUGACACGAAGCUGCUGUUGAACGACAACAUAACAUCUCAGCUGAAAAAUAUCAUAUACAGAGUUGGAGGGAAGGAUUUCCUUUCAUUCCUAAGAAUGGCAUUGAAAUCCAUUACAUCGGAUGCUAUGGCCGUUAAUUUAACUUGGCGUGGAACAAAUGACAAACCCAGUAUCCAACGCUUUACAACAUUUGCACUAAUAAAAAAUGCCUGUCAUUCCAAAUACUCGAACUCGACCGAUAUGGAUAUAAAUAAAGUGUGUCAACAGCACAUACUUCACGCCCGAGACAGAGUACAAAAAAAAAAAAACAAACAAACAAUUAAUGUACUGAAAAAUUAAAAAAA